CGCCCACUGUGUUGAAACAAGGAAGUACAUUUAUAAGGAAGUAGAGGCAGAACUGGACACUGUCGGUCGAAGAAAAAUGUUUCUGAGCUGAGUGAGCUGUAACUUACAUCAAAAUGAGUCUCACUGGGGAGAGAGAGGAGACCACUGCCUCUAAAAUGAGUCUCUCUGGGGAGAGAGAGGAGGAGACCACUGCCUCUAAAACGAGUCUCUCUGGGGGGAGAGAGGAAGAGACCACUGCCUCUAAAAUGAGUCUCUCUGGGGAGAGAGAGGAGGAGACCACUGCCUCUAAAAUGAGUCUCUCUGGGGAGAGAGAAGAGGAGACCACUGCCUCUAAAACGAGUCUCUCUGGGGAGAGAGAGGAGGAGACCACUGCCUCUAAAACGAGUCUCUCUGGGGAGAGAGAGGAAGAGACCACUGCCUCUAAAAUGAGUCUUUCUGGGGAGAGAGGGGAGGAGACCACUGCCUCUAAAACGAGUCUCUCUGGGGAGAGAGAGGAGGGGACCACUGCCUCCAAAAUGACUCAAGACACCAGUUCUAAGAGUGUCCAGAAGCCCAGAGCAGAGUUACCUACAACCAGCCUGCUAUCAAUGAAUAGUGAUCAGCCACCUGCUUUCAGCCAGGAACCAUUACCAGAUGACAAUAAGGAAGUGGAGAGUUUGGACAGUGAGGAUGCAUUAAAGAUCACACACAACCUUCUGGACAGAAGAAGUCAAACUCUGCUGACAGUCCAACAAGACAUUAAGGCUAAACUGAAACACAAGUAUCAACACAUAUCUGAAGGAAUUGGACACCAUGGAAACCAAACUCUGUUAAAGGACAUCUACACAGAGCUCUACAUCACAGAGGGUGGAAGUGGAGGACUCAAUAAUGAACAUGAGGUUAGACAGAUAGAGAUUGCAUCCAAGAAACAAACCACACAAGAGACACCAAUCAAAUGCAACGACAUCUUCAAGCCUUUACCUGGACAAGACAAACCUAUCAGAACUGUGCUGACAAAAGGAAUCGCUGGUGUUGGAAAAACAGUCUCUGUGCAGAAGGUCAUCCUUGACUGGGCAGAGGGAAAAGCAAAUCAGGACGUUCAUUUCAUGUUUCCUCUUCCUUUCCGUGAUCUGAACCUGAAAAAGGACCAAUACAGUCUGAUGCAACUUCUUUCCCACUACUUCCCAGAGCUGAAAGAGAUUGACAGCAUUGAAGAUGGUGAAACCAAAACUGUUUUCAUUUUUGAUGGUCUGGAUGAGUGUCGACUUCCUCUAGACUUUAAAAACAAUGAGAAGUGCUGUGAUGUCAUGAAGCCAACCUCAGUGGAUGUGCUGCUGACAAACCUCCUCGAGGGGAAUCUGCUUCCCUCUGCUCUCCUCUGGAUAACCUCACGGCCUGCAGCAGCCAAUCAGAUCCCUCCUGAGUGUGUUGACCAGGUGACAGAGGUACGAGGGUUCAAUGAUCCACAGAAGGACGAGUACUUCAGGAAGAAAAUCACAGAUCAGAAUCUGGCCAAUGAAAUCAUCAAACACAUGAAGACAUCAAGGAGCCUCCACAUCAUGUGCCACAUGCCAGUCUUCUGUUGGAUAUCAGCCACUGUCCUUGAGAUGAUACUGAAAGAGGCAGAGAAGGAUGAAGUCCCCAAAACUCUGACCCAGAUGUACUCACACUUCAUUCUCAUCCAAAUCAUUGUGAAGAACAAGAAGUACAACAAAGCCACAGAGACAAACCCAAAGGAACUGUCUCAGUCAGACAAAGAGAUGAUCCUGAAACUGGCAAAGCUGUCUUUCCAACAGCUGCAGAAGGGCAACCUGAUCUUCUAUGAGGAGGACCUGAGAGAGUGUGGCCUUGAUGUCACAGAGGCAUCAGUGUACUCAGCAUUGUGUACAGAGAUCUUUAAAGAAGAAUCUGGGCUGUACCAAGAGAAGGUCUACAGCUUUGUGCAUCUGAGCAUUCAGGAGUUUCUAGCAGCAGUGCAUGCUUUAGAAUCAUGUCUGGACAAGAAGGAAAAUGUUUUCUCCCCCAAAGCAGUCACUAGUGAUGAUGAUGAUGAUGAUGAUGAUGAUGAUGAUGAUGAUGAUGAUGAUGAUAGGAGGAGGAGGAGAACAAGGAUGAUGAUGAGGAGGAGGAGGAGAUUGAUGAUAAGCAGGACGAGGAGGAGGAGAACAAUGACGAAGAUGAGGAUGAUGAUGACGACAAUGAUGAAGAGGAGUCAUUCCAGUUGUUUUACUUACACAGGAGAGCAGUGGACGAGGCCUUGAAGAGUGAGAAUGGACACCUGGACCUGUUCCUCCGCUUCCUUCUGGGUCUCUCACUGGAGUCCAAUCAGAAUCUGUUACGAGGCCUUCUGACACAGACAGGAAGUACAACACAGACCAAUGAGGAAACAGUUGAGAGAACAGUCAGGUACCUUUCAUACAAGAUCAAUGAGGAAUCCUCACCAGAAAGGAUCAUCAACUUGUUCCACUGUCUGAAUGAACUUGGUGCCAACUCUCUAGUUGAAGACAUGCAGACCUCCCUGCGAUCAGGAACUCUUUCAAAAACAAGACUAGAACCUGACCAAUGUUCAGCCCUGGCCUACCUGUUACUGAUGUCAGAGGAGGUGCUGGAGGAGUUUGACCUGAAGACAUACAACACAUCAGAGGAAGGUUAUCAGAGGUUGCUGCCGGUAGUGAAAACCUGCAAGAGAGCACUACUGGAUGGCUGUGAACUCGAAGAUGAAUCCUGUGAGACUCUGGCCUCAGCUCUGCAGACACCAAACUCCCCCCUGAGAGAACUGGACCUCAGCUACAAUGACCUGGGAGACAGAGGAGUGGAGCUGCUCUGUGUUGGACUAACCAGUCCACUCUGCAACAUACAGACACUAGUG